GGGGGGGGGGUCCUGAACCCAAGCAUCUGUGAUUUUAAAUACGUAUUUGACUAAAUAUCCUGUCGCUGUUGUAAUCUGUUAACGCUAUUUUUCGACUGCACCUAGUCCGAAAUAUCUGACGUUUUCCUGGUUUUUAAAAAAAAAAAGAUUGUGAUAUUUUAAUACCGUAUAUCAAAAUCAUAAAAAAAAAAUAACCAGGAAAACAACAGACACUAGACUGCACCUUGUUCUUGCUCAAGAAAUUAUCGUGUUUUUAUUAAAUUAAAAACAUUGUAUACUUGUGGAGAUAUUGACUGUUAUCCACUUCUUUUCAUCCAUCUCGGCGUUUAGUCCGCCCUGUAAAAAAAACCCCCAAAAAACCAAGGAAAAACCCCGAGAGUGUGCGAUUCUGUUGAAAUCGAGAUGUUCCAAAUGGUAACGACAGUUUACCGCCAAAAUCAAGCGAUGUAUCAUUUUGAUCUGUUGAAAAAAGCGUGUUUAACGAUUUGGAUUUGAUCUGUAGAAACAAAUCUAUCUGCAAUCAAAAUGGAUCAAUCUGGUGGAUACUCUCCAAUGGGAUUCUUUGAAAUGUAUGAAAGUAUGGACCACCCUGUUAAAAUGAGAAAUGGUAGUGAAGAACUUCAAAUGGACCAGUCAAGAAGUUUCUCUGAACCUGCAAUCAAAAUGGAUCAAUCUCGUGGAUACUCUCCAAUGGGAUUCUUUGAAAUGUAUGAAAGUAUGGACCACCCUGUUGAAAUGAGAAAUGGUAGUGAAGAACUUCAAAUGGACGAGUCAAGAAGUUUCUCUGAACCUAAAUUUCCUUAUACAGAUGAAGAAAUUCUAGGCACAAGAAAUUUUUUUUACAAAUCACAAAAAAUUUAUGUUGGUAUGAAUAGUCACACUGCAACAUUGCUACCUCGACGUUCCCUGCACAAGCAGACGUUCAUGUUACACAGAAAGUUAGUCGGGAAUAGUACUACCAGUGCAUGUCUAAGUAGUGCAGAACAUGGGAAUGGUUCAUUUCGAAAUCAUCCAUCUGCUCCACCUAAUAGAUAUUCUUUUCACUUCCAACAACGCAAGCUUCGCCAUUUGCAUAACCUUCCUCUGCAGCAAUCUCAACCAAAAAAACUAUUUCGAUGCACCCACGUCAAUACCUGCAGAAAUACCACAUAUACUCGACGACAGUCCAGGAGUAGUAUCAGUAAACCUAUAGGCACUGCAUCUCUAGGAUUAUCUAUGAGGAAUUUUCCCAUUGCUCCUUCACCAUACAUAUCUCAGCUCAAGCACAAUGAAAUGACUAGCCGAUAUAUUGCAAACCUUGCAGCAAAAACCAAAAAUCUUUAUGAGAGCCAAAACUCCAGCUGUGGUAUUGAAGAUGGAUGUGCUAAAUCUUUCAUUCGGAGUAGGGAAGGAGAGGUGGAAUCUUGUACCUCAUCAAGUUUCAGUUCACCUGAAUCUCAGCAUCAUUUCAUCGCCUCAUCCUCAAAGCUUGCCAAAGAAAAUGAUACAGCACCAUUUCUAAAUUAUAGGGACAGAAAUGCCUUUCAGAAUAUGUUUCCAUUAACAGUGAAUACUUCUAAAGCUGACAGUACAAAGAAAAGUCAAGUGCAAGCAUGGCUGGCUGAAAAAUCAAAUAGAUGUUCAGAAAGGACAGUAGUAUCCAAUAAUGUCUCACCACAUAGUGAUGAACCAGAAUUACCCAGAUGUAUUGCAACAUCUCAAACAAGAGAAACAGUUGAAAUCACUCCUGAGAAAAUAAUCGAAGACUCAUAUGAUGAACUAGAGACAACUUGUCAUUCAUUUAAGGAGGAGAAUACAGAAGGUCUCAAGUUGGAUGUGUCAUUCAGUUUUAUGGAGAAGGGUGGGUAUCAUCCAAUCGCUUUACCUCUAGGGUGUCACAUUUUUGAAGAUGAAAGUGAUGGCAGUGAAAAUGAAGAGGAGAGAACUUCUGUUCUAGACAAGAGAAUGGCCAAAAUGGGAAGGGAUGAAUUCCAGUUGAAUGUUGACACUUCUUCUUCAUACAUGCCAUGGAUCAUUAUUCCACUAGAUGAUAUUCCUAAAGUGAGAUAUGAAUGUGUAGACUUUUACAAUCCUGAAGAUCCAAGAUUAACAAAGUAUAAAAAAUCACUGGAGUUGAGUUCAAUGAAUGUUGAAAGUGCUCAUUUAUUUUGUGACACCUCCCAUCAGAAAGCUGGAAUGGCAAGUGAAAUAGAUCAAAUGCAAACUGAAGUCCAAACUGCUGACUAUAUCUUUAAUGUUGAGAAUAUGGAUACCAACAAAGAAAGUACACACGAGAGUCCAAAUGAUUUAUCAGACUUGCCAUUUACUGACUUGUUUCUACAAAUAAAUGCUGAUUCUUUUGAAUUUCAUGACAACUUAUUGGAUGCUCUCUCACAAGAAACAGUGGAUGCUGACACAGAAAACAAGCUCCCACAGUACCAAGGUAGUGAUGUCAUGCAGACAGGUGCACAAGAAGACUUUCGAUGUUUCCAACAAAAUGAAAUCUCUACAGCUUCAGAUGAGAAAGCUCUACAAGAAUCCACAGCAAUCUUUGACAAUGCUACAACUAAAUCAACAGGACAUUUUGAUGAUUUAUCCAGCAAUAAUGGUAUCUGCAAGUUCAACAGCCAUACUGAUAUCUCUUCAUCAAGCAAUGAGCAAUCUAAAGAUGUUGAAAACUCAUCAGUCAAAGCCAAUGAUAUUUCUUCAUCGAGCAAUGAGCAGUUUAGAGAUGUUGAAACCUCAUCAGUUAAUGCCAAUGAUAUCUCUUCAUCGAGCAAUGAGCAGUCUAGAGAUGUUGAAACCUCAUCAGUUAAUGCCAAUGAUAUUUCUUCAUCAAGCAAUGAGCAGUUUAGAGAUAUUGAAACCUCAUCAGUUAAUGCCAAUGAUAUUUCUACAUCAAGCAAUGAGCAGUCUAAAGAAGUUGAAACCUCGUCAGUCAAUGCGAAAACGGACAGCAAAACUCAUCGACACAAAUGUGGGGCCUUGAAAAAUGAUGAUGAGAAUGAAAUGCCAUACAGUGAAGACUCCUCUAAUUCUACACGGACCAUGAAGCUACCUGUUUCAACCAUUCAGCUGCUAAAGGAGUCGGCUGCUUUUCUAAAAGAUGAAAAUUUAUCUACAAGUCGGGUUAGGAGAUUGAGAAGAGUCUCUACAUCAUUAAGAGUAGCAGACUUUGCUUUGCCAAAUUUUCUAGAAGAUUUCUACAUGGAAAGCGAGUCAUGUAAUUACGCAGAAAGGUUAAAAGGUACCUCUUUUGAUGGAGAUUCAUGUGAAAGUGACAAAUCUAUGUUUGAUAAAGGAAUCCGUAACAAGAAUGUACUUCCUAAUGACACAGAAAGUAUCAGAAUAAUGCCAAGAAGAACAAAAAGGACAGCCGAUACAAAGACUUCAAGUCCAGAUGCCAAUCUCAGCUCAAAAUCCUGUCAUUUGAAAAAAGCUGAUAAAAGAUGCACAAGGGCAUCUCAAAGAAACACACAUAAAGGCAGUAGCAAUCCACAAAGUGUACACGAGGGCCACACAGCAAAAUGUAGAAAGCAUAAUGAUGAACAAAAGCCUAAAGAUAACCUGUUCCUGAAGUAUGAAGGCAGAAAUUACAAAUGUAUGGAUGGGAUUUUGACUCCAGCCAUAUGUGAAGAUUCUACCAAUACUGAUGAAAUACAGGGUGGAGAGGAUCAUUUAUUGAAUAACAUUGACCAUGAUCAAAAUGCCCCCAAAACUGGAUACAAUGUUAAAAUGAGAAAUGGGGUUGUUAAAAGAAAGCCGACAAGUGACAAUCGAAACACAAAUCUUCAAUUGUCAAACUGUAAAAAAUCAAGAUCAAGCCAAUCUCCCAAAGUAAUGGUCCGUAACUGUUUUCAACAGAUUGCAUUCUCUCAAACCAAGUGUUCAAAAACACUGACCACAACAAGGACUACGGUAGAUAUCAUUCAGAAAACUACCCAGGUGAGGAAAAAGCUCUUCCCUGUGAAAGUAAAGAAAAGCCAAAACACUGGGAAAGGUACCUCACAGCAGAAAACGAAGGGUGCCAAAUCAGUCGAGAAGAAACAAAGUACUGGAAAACAGAAACAAACAUCCACAAAAAGUAUUCAAAAGAAACCUGUAGAGAAAAAGCAUACCUCAAAUGUUGAUGUGAACGUUCCAAAACAUGAGGAAGAUGUAUUAACAGACAGUAAACAACAGAAUCAAUUGUCUGUUGCAUGUAAGCCUAUCAUUAGGAUUCACCAGGGACUUAGAAACACAAGUCUUAAACAGUUCAAAGCUCAUCAGCAUAGCAAGGGUAUUAGAGGGCCUACUAUCAAAAAGAAUCCCCAGAAAGCCUUUCCAUGUUCACAUUGUGAAAAAAGUUUCAAUAAAGCAGCACAAGUUGAGAGGCAUAUCAAAGAUGAUCACAAGUGUUCACAGUGUGGGAAAAUGUUUGACUUGAAGGUUGCCAAACAAAGACAUUUCUACAGCUGUCAUGCCACGGAAGUCCACAAAUGUACUACUUGCCUGAAGGAAUAUAACUAUCCCCAUCUCGUAAGGAAACACUUUGAAUCUCAAUCACACAAAGAUCUCAUCAAAAAUCUUAUAAGAGAAAUGAAAAAGUUGUCCAAGGAAAGGUUAUCUGCCAGAAGGAUGCCAUCAUUGGAAUACGGCAACCUAAAUCCUGCUAUGUAUCAAAAUAAGGCCUCCAACAAGUGUCUUACUAUGUCUGACAAGUUUCUAAAAGCAAGGUCAAAUAAAAAAUUGAAGUUCAUGGAGAUGGAAAGCAACUUUUUUGAUAAAAACCCUGAUCUGUUGGAACUAGUUCACAAAAUAAACUAUGUUGACAAUGAGCAUGGUAUUAUUAAACAUUUCAUCUACAAAGAUCCAGACCUUGCAGAAAUCCAAUCUUAUCAGAAGGAUGAGGUUCAUUCAAGUUCUUCAUGUUAUGAGGAGAUAGAAAUUAUCAAUGAAUACAGUAUCACAAACCACUGUGAGAACUUUCUGGAAAAUGCUGACAAUGAUUUUGCCUUUAGUAACAGUUCAAGGUCAUCAGAACUCAGAUGCAGUUCGACAAGUAUAUCAAGUGAAUUUUCUGAAGAGAACCAAGAAUGGAGCAUAUCUCAUCAUACUACAGAUCCAUGCAUGGGGAUUUCCUCAGAACCACUAACAUACAGCCAUAUGAAUUGUGAGAUCAGUCCGCUGGUGUCAGGCUGGGUUUCUGCAGCCUUGGAAUGCACUGAGCAAAGAAAUCUGGAUGAUGACCUCACAUAUUCUACAUAUCUAGGAUUGCUCAGCAACGAAGCUGGGAUGGAACUUCCAAACAAUCCAAUUACACUGGACACAUUAAGCAGGUCGCCAGAAGAAAAUCCACCCAAAAUUGUAGAGAGCUGCCAAGAAUUGUGCCAUUUUCCAACUGAGGCAAAAGCACCAGAAAACAGCAUUGUUGAUCAACUGAAAGAGCAGAAUCUUUGUCUCAGUACGUCUUAUAAAAACACAUUGAACUUCCAAGAAAAAUCUUCCUUACUACCUUUUAUACCAAAUGCUGAAGAAGCCAUAUCAUAUGAGCCAAAAUCAAGCAUGAAAAAGGAUAUCUCAUCUUUGUUGAAACUCGGAGAAAAUGUAUCUGACACUAGUUCAAAUCUUCCAUGGAAAUCACCUUCUCAGGCAGGAAAUGAUACACUUGAUGUUGCCUUCAGUUUGAUUAUGCUGUCAAACUCCGAACAAGAUGUUUUACCUAAAGUGGAUGAACUUUCAAACUCCACUGGUCCAAGCAGAGAUGAUAUGGAUGCACAACAGGAAUAUGAAUCAAUAUGUUUAGAAAUUCAGAGAGAUGUGCAGAAUUAUAAAGAGUGAUGUUUCUUUUAACUGGCAGUACAACCUGAAAAGAAAAUUAAAGAGAUGUGCAAAAUUUUAAAGAGUGGUGCAACUUUUAACUGAUAGCACAACCCAAAAGUAAACGGAUAUGUACUGGUGUCUCUGAUUCAGGUCAUUUUAAGUGUACAGUAAUGCUACUUUUUAAAAAAAAAAAAUUUUACACUCCACAAUUGGAAACAAAACCAUGUAAUACAUGCAGACGAAUACUGACAUGUAUCUUGUAUCAGAGUCUUACCUAGUUCAUAAUUCUAGCUUUAAAUCCCUGUGACUUCUUUCAUGUUUUACAGCAAUCUGAUUGAGAAGCAUUUUUCUUAUGAUUUUUAAAAUUAUUGCAAGAUUGUUUCCUUAAUUUGCCAAGCAAAAAUGCUAUUUUAAGGUGAAUUCUUAUUCAGCAACUUGUUAAGUAUAAACUUGAGCUUGUGCUCAUGUUACUAAAUUUUGUGUGUGUUACAAUUUGUCAUUUGAUUGGUUGACAGUUUGUUCAUUCAGUUUUUAAAGAUGUUUAUUGGCAUUGAAGCAAUAUGCCAGAUUUGUUUUGUUCUAUGGCUGUUGAAUUUGUUGGAUCUGUUAAGCACACUUGAAUCUGUUAGUAAAAAGGAAAAAAUGGGAAAAUUUAUAAACGAGAAAUGUCCAUUAUGACUACAAAAAAUGUGAAAAAAUACUUGCUUUAAAUAGACCAUUUAGAAUAUUAGAAAAAUUAGUAAGUGUGCAAAUGGUCAAAUAUAUAACUGAUGCUUCUUCUUUAAAAAUAUUUUAUAUUACGUAUUAUUUUAAGGUCAAGGCAUAUCUUUCUAAGCAAAAACGUGCUUGAAGCACAGUAACAUCAUAUUGUCUUGGUGUCCCUUUGCAUUUUUCAUUUUUGACAAAAUUGAACACCCCCAUUUAAAUGCCUUAAAUCUUUCAUGAAAACACAAAAACUUUUGUUGUUGGACUCAGGAUUAGAAUGUGCAAUGUGUAAACUUUGUUAAAUUAUUUAAUUUUAUUUUUGUAUUUUUAUACAGUACAUAUGCUGUAGGUUUCUGUACUAAUGUAACAAUUGUGAUCUACUACUAGUCAUUUUACUUGUCAUCUGGUAAUGACAAUAAUUUCUCAAUAAAGAAUGUUUUGACAAA